GCUGGACGUACUCGCACUUCUACACACGUGUAAGCAGUAUCGAGCUAGCUGUUCGUUCAGCAGCAAAGUCUACCGACGCAACGACGGUUUUUCAUCUUGUCAGUCAGCCUUCCUGCUCCCGCGAGAGCUGGUCGAUCGGCCUCUUUUCCGCAUUUUCCGCGGCGAUCUUGUCUACACGAAGCUGUCACACGCGAACGAUGAAGUGCCACGCAACGAGUCGGGUUUUGACGAUGAUGUGCAUCGUCCUCGCUGUCGAGGUAGCGGUAGAGCAUACGUCGGCUACAGAGCCCUUGCCCUCCGCCCUACUGGGCGGUAUCGGUAACGUCGCAAACACAGCAACCAAUUUCCUAACGGGAAUCGUGAAACGGCAAAAAGAAUUGUUGCAUCGCGUUACGGAUACUGCUGCAGACUACAUAACCAGCGCGGUAGAGAGACCGAGAAACUUAUUGAUCAACGCUACCAGGGUGACUACGGGAUACAUUGACAGCGCAGCUUCGAGAGGUCUCGAGUUCAAACUAAGAAGAUUCUUGGAAAAAUUCCGCACGCGAAUGUAUAAUGGCAUCCCGGAGUUGGGUAUUCCUCCGCUGGAACCGUUCACUCUCGACGAGAUUGACAUUGACACGGAUAAUCCGGAAAUAGGAAAAGUGCAUCUGGUGAUCGAGAAUCUAGAAGAGCUAUCGACUUUCUUAAUCGACCGAGCCAAACUGUCGCUGAUUGGUCCUACCAUCUCCAUCAACAUUUCCAUUCCCGAAAUUUAUGCGAAGGGCUAUUACAACAUAUCCGGCAUACUGGGCGAGACAUAUCUGCUACGUAGUGCGGGUCCUUUCGAGGUGAACGUGCGCGAUUUCCGCGCUUACGUAAACACCGUGCUGGGCUACGCUAGGGGAAUGUACCUGAAGAAGUUCGACCUCGACUUCUCGCUACGCGCUAUCAAAAUACAUCUCAAAGACUUUAUGAGUAACGAGGAGAUCGGACAAAUUAUGAGUAAGGUCUUUGAGGAAUUAACACCGGAGGCAAUAGACAUCAUUAAACCGGAUAUAUUGCCGGUAAUUCAGGAUUACGUGGCGGGCCACGUGAACGAGACGAUCCAUCACCUAACCAUGAGGGAUCUCUUUCGUACUCUCGUAGGGGAGUACGAGUUUGGAGACAUCACACAUCUACUGAUACCCUGACGAGAAAGCGCAAUCGAGACACAUCGCCAAGACAUUCGGGCCGCGCAAUUAGGAGAGUAUAGUAACACGAGCUUAAUAUGUUUGAAUGCCCGAAGAGUAUCGUUAUUCAAGGUGUAACGGACUACAACAUAAUCACGGUCGAAUACAUCAAAGUCGACGUACGACGCAAUCGAAUGGACGAUACUUGUGAAACGCGACGAAUGGAAUUGUGUCAGUUUAAAAUUCUCUCUAUUACGUAAUAUCGAUAACGAUUCCAAGGUUUUUGACUACUUUGCCUGAUACUCGCCUUCGAUGAUCUAUUGUCUUGCCGAGGAACCAUAGUUUUAUGUGUGGUGGAUCGUGUUAUCGAUUUCCUUUCGUUUAUGUCCUUUAAGUUAAUAAUUAUUACUGAAAGCUUUA